ACACCAGUGGUCAGGGUUGUAUCUUCCUGUUUUCCAUAUUCAGUAACUGAACAUCAGAAGUGGCAGUGAGUCUGUAGGUGUUGGCUUGUGUCUUUCAAAGAAAUAAGGAGGAAGUCUAACAACGCAAACAUUUGAUGCUUCGCUUGACACAAGCAGCUUCACUGUUUUCUGCAGACAACCAUCAUGGAACAACACUGACAAAAAUCCUGACCUAAAGCAAGCAUGGCUGCAAGAGGGUGUGUGCUUUCACAUUUCGCACUCAAACUUCUCUGCCUCUUGCUUCAUAUCAACUUUUCGCUGCCUUACUCAUUGAAAAACUGCACAAUACCUCAUGAGGAAAGUUCCUCUGCUGAAGUUUCGCUGGACUGUGCAAACAGGAAGCUUGUGACUAUCCCUGACGACAUCCUGAAAGAUGCUGUUUCAGUAAAACUUGGACACAAUUUCAUUCAGAGAGUUCACCAAAGAGAUUUUUGUGGUAUGUCUAAGAUGAAAAUUCUGGAUCUUGAGUACAAUCAAGUCGUUCAGGUGGAUGAUGGCUCUUUCACCGAUUUGGUGUCACUGAAAGCUCUCUACAUGAGUAAAAACCAACUUACCAACCUGACGAGCAACGUCUUUCAGGGCCUGUCCAGCCUCACCGUGCUCGACCUCUCUCAGAACCAAAUCCAGUUCAUCCAUGAAUCAGCGUUUCGGGUUCUGACCAGCUUAGAAACUGUGAACUUCCAGGACAAUAUGCUCCAACGAAUUGUUGACAUUCAGCCCAUCCUACAACUACCACAAAUUCACACCAUCGACCUUACUUACAAUCUAUACUACUCUUUUGAAACAAAAGAUCUCCAUCUGAAUUUUUCUUCAGGUCUUAAAGAGUUGUCUGUUUAUAGUCAUAACCUCAUAAAAUUUGGUAUCACAACACCAGUUUUUCCUCAUCUCCAUAAAUUAGAACUUUCUAUGUCUUUGGAAAAUACUUCACGAUGGGAUUUACCAGACAAACCACUGCUAAAGAAUGUGACACAUCUGUGUCUUGGAAUCCUUCCACUUUCCAAUGAGGAGAUUCAAAAAGCCCUGCAGACUUUUGACUCAAUUUAUCACCUACGUCUAAAUUUUAUAUACAUCCGGAUUAGGGAUGGACUGUUAGCCAUUGCCUGCAAAAUACCAACAUUGAGAAAGUUGGAUUUGUCUAUAAUCGAUUUCAGUAAUUAUACUCUUGAACUUGCACAAUGCUCUCAGCUCACAGAUCUUGAUCUGUCCAUUUGUCUAAUAAGUGAACUUCCACAAGGAUCAAUGGACUCAAUGAGGCAAAUGAGGUUUUUUAACGUGAGCUACAACAAGCUAAAAAAGAUCCCGCAUGACAUCAGGAGCCUCUCCUCCCUUGAGAUCUUGAUUAUGAAUGAUAAUAUCAUUUCCAACUUAGGCUGUGAGGAUUUUGUGAACACCACACAUCUUACAGAACUACACCUAAAUGGUAACAGGAUUGCCAAGCUACAGAGAUGCGUCCUGGAAAGUCUUACUAACCUAAAGCUUUUAAAUUUGAGCGACAAUUUGCUCGUGACGUUCAAAGCCUCCACCAAAGUUGGCCUACAGAAGCUUGAGAUCUUGGAUUUAAGUCAAAACUUUAUAAAACUUCUUAAUAAUUAUGAUUUCCGAGGCUUACGGUCCUUGAAACAUUUGAAUGUGACAUCGUACUUUUUAGAAAAUCUAAAAUAUUAUACAUUUUUGGGACUAAAAAGCCUAAAAUCGUUUUCUGGAUCAUUUCCACUAUAUUUAGUAAAUUUGAGAACUUUGCCACAGUUGGAAAAGAUUCAAGUCAACUUCAAUUACAACGGACCUUUCAGAACUCCUUAUUUAAAAACCUAUGAAGACUCCAUCAGGAUAAAAUCAUUAAAAAGUGUCUCGAUGGCUCACCAGGGUCUGCUCUACUACCUGGCAGAAGGAGUCCUUCACAACCUGAAACAUCUGGAAUAUUUUAAAGCUGAGAAUAUUUAUUUGAGUGCUCCAUACUCAGACACGUUUCAGUUCAAUCAGAAGCUGAGGAGUCUGAUAUUUACGAAGACGGAUUUGUCAGAGUUGCAACCUGAACUGUUUCUUCCAAUCCCAAACUUGGAGAGUCUCGAUCUCUCCGAGUCUCAGCUGAAGUCUUUGGAUUUCCUGGUACACGCUAAUCUUUCUGCUCUCAGAUAUCUGAAACUGACCGGCAACGAGUUGAAUGUGAUUAACAAGACAGUUUUCCAGUCUCUACCCUCUCUAACGUUCUUGGACCUGGACAAAAAUCCAUUCACCUGUGAAUGCUCAAGCGCAGAUUUCAUCCAGUGGGCAAAGAGCAACACGCAGACCCAGGUGGUAAACGCUCAUCAGUACGUAUGCUCCUUUCCUGUGUCCAGACGGGGGAGCUUGUUGCUGGACUUUAAUUUCCAGCCCUGUUUGGAUGAUGGCGGGUUUCUCUGCUUCGUUUCCAGCGCUUGUCUGGUUGCUCUGACUCUCCUUUCAUCCUUCGUCUACCACUUCCUGAGGUGGCAUCUCACCUACACCUUCCACCUCCUCCUGUCCUUUCUCUACGAGAGCAGGAAGGGGAGGAAAAGAGAUCUUCACCAGUUUGAUGCCUUUGUGUCGUAUAACGUCCAUGAUGAGGACUGGGUUUACAGAGAGAUGCUUCCAGUGUUGGAGGGUCAGCAGGGCUGGAGACUCUGUCUGCACCAUAGAGACUUCCAGCCAGGUAAACCCAUCAUAGAGAACAUCACUGAUGCCAUCUAUGGCAGCAGAAAAACCAUCUGUGUGAUCAGCCGCAGCUACCUGCAGAGCGAAUGGUGCUCCAGAGAGAUCCAGAUGGCCAGCUUUCGCCUGUUUGAUGAGAAGAAGGAUGUUCUGAUUCUGCUGUUCCUGGAGGAGAUUCCUGCUCGUCACCUGUCUCCAUAUUACCGCAUGAGAAAGCUGGUGAAGAAACGCACCUACCUGAGCUGGCCUCAGGCUGCACAACAUCCGGGAGUUUUCUGGCAGAACGUGCAGAGAGCUCUGCAGACAGGGGGCGCUGUCGCUGAAAACACGGACCUGCUGGCCGGACCGGCAGGACGAUGAGGCGUCACAGAUCUCUAAGAAACAAAAGAUAAUCGAGGAAAACAUGUAAAUCUUGAUCUGUAAAACCAUCACACUUAUUUCUUUUUAUAAUAAUUUCAAUGCUUAAAAAAACUGAACAUCGUAUUUCUUUUAAAAUACGAUUAAAAAUCACAACGCUAAACAUGCCAACAGUUUAUCAGUGAGUUGCAUUCAUUCCUGAACUCUGGAUGAAACAAAAGUAUAAACAGAAAUAUCAGAAGAAAACUGAUGUGUUUUCUAUUAUUUAUUUUAUUUUUUAGUGAUGUGAAUCUUUACUUUAACAUUUGAGCUGCACUUAGUUGUGUCUUUUACUCUUUAAGGCAAAUAAAUUUUGCCAGUUUUAGAUUUUGAACCUAAAUGUAGCUUUGUGAAAGACAAACCUACAGCAGUAAGUCGUGUUAACUUUUUAUUACUUUUGUAAAACCUCAAAAAGUUGAAUAAAUUAGAGUUUUUAAGUUAACACUUUAAAAAACUGAGAGAAGAAAAUGACAGUAGGAGCUAUUUCCCAGAAUGCUUAGCAGCAUUUUUUUGUAUCCUGAGAUGGAAGUGCGUUACAUUGAUCUGACUCUUGUUUUAUUAAGAGUCAGCAGCAUGAACAUGCAGCAAAUGUUUAUUUUAAUGUCCUGUUCACACUAAAUGUUUCUGAGCUGAAUUCAUUUGGGAUAUUUUACAAAACUCAUUUUCAGAUCAGAAAUGUUGUUCAUGCCACUUAAAACAAGAAUUUUAAUUAUUCUAAAAUAAAAUAAGCAUUUAUCUUAAAGUAUAAAAGGCUCUGAUAUUUUUUGUAUUCUAACUCAGUUGAACCUGUUCAGCCUUCGUAGGUUUACCUUAAAUCCCAUGUUUGUAACUGCAUUUCGGCUGCAUCUGUUAUUGCUUUCCAUUGAGUUAUUGCGGCAGAUGUAGUCAUUAAGGGCAUGCGCUGCCAGCUGCCGCCAUUGUGUAGGGAUUUUAUCUGGCCACAUGAUGGCGCCAAAGUGCCUCUUAUGCUAAACUGAGCCGAAGGGCUGUCUGUGUUCGUGUUUUCACCGAGGCUGCGCCUAAUGAUGUAACCUUUACGUAAAUUGAGUUAUUUGUGUAUGUUGUGGAUUUACAUGCAAAUGUUGAUGGUUGAGUUUAUUUCUCAUUAGAUAUUUUUGUUUGAGUUUGUAUUAGUUGAACCUCUAUUCCUGUAAUAUGUUAGCCUAAUGGCAAUUUAUUUGUUAUUACAGACUGCUGGCAACACUGAGCAUCAAGCCAAAUAAACCAGCUCACAUCUGAAGUUAAA